AUGUUAGCCUCGCUAUCCUCCGUGUCCUCCGCGGUCACCUCCCUCGUGUCAGAGUCAUCCUUGGGGGUUCGGCUCUCCGACGGCCAGAGGGGCUGGUUCCCCGCGGAAAACGUCAUCGAGAUCACCAACGAGCACGUGCGGCGGCGCAACCUACGGGAACGCUACCGAGUCAUGCAAGCGGCGAGCAACUUCACCAACACCAGGAGCCGAACGGGAAACUAA